AUGAUAGAACAGGGUUAUCCUCUUCUAACCGUAACCGAAGAACAAACAAAUAAAAAACGUGUUCUUAAAAUAAAACAACAACGUUUUAUUGCUGAUGGUAGUGCUGAUGAUGAAAAUCUUCAAUGGAAGAUUCCCAUAACUGUUUUUACAAAAUCUAAUCCAAAACAAAUUGCACAACAAAUAUUAAUGGAUAAACCAGAAAUAACAAUAACAUUAGAAAAUAUUCCCGAUGAUGAUUGGAUUAAAUUAAAUUAUAACUCCAUUGGCCUUUAUCGUGUCAAAUAUGAAUCUGAAACAUUAGCACGUCUUAAUGAACCAAUUGCUAACAAAAAAAUAAGUCCACAAGAUCGUCUUAUGGUACAAAAUGAUGUUGCUGCUUUAUGUAAUGCUGGUCAUCAAUCAUUUGUUGAUUAUCUCAAAAUUUUAUCAUCAUAUGCAGAUGAAGAUAAUUUUACUGUAUGGAAAGCAAUUGCAUCAAAUAUGGCUGAUUUAUCAUCAUUACUUGAAUAUACAAAUUAUUUUGAUGAAUUUAAAAGAUAUCGUUUAAAUUUAUUUUCAUCAAUACAAAACAAACUUGGUUGGGAUGCUAAACCAAAUGAAGAUGCACUUUCAGCUAUGUUACGUCCAAUGGUAUUAAGUAUUGUUGGCAAAUCGGGUGAUCAAGAUACAAUUGAUGAAGCAAAAAAACGUUUUGAACGUCAUAUUACUGGAGAUUUAAUUGAUCCAAAUAUUCGUGGAGCUGUUUAUGUUAUUGUUUCACGUUAUGGAGAUGAAAGUACACAAGAAGAACUUCGUAAAUUAUAUUUUGCAGCAGAUAUGACUGAAGAGAAAGUUCGAUUACUUCGUUCAAUGGGUCAAUCAAUUAAACCAGAAAUUAUUGAAAAUACAUUAAAAUUUGUAUUUGAAGGCGAUAAUGUUCGAAUGCAAGAUGCAAUUUCAGGUCUUGUUGGUUGUACAUCAAGUUGUGAGGGUCGAAAUUUAGUUUGGAAAUUUUUACAAAACAAUUGGAGAACACUUGUUGAGCGUUUUGGUGAAAAGAGUAAUUUUCUUAUUGCUUUUGUUGAGUAUGGUUUAUCCGAUUUUGCUGAUGAAAAAACGGCAAGUGAAAUAAAAUCAUUUUUUGAUAAAAUGAAUACACCAAUCGUUACACGACCAGUCAAAAAAGUACUUGAAACAAUUCAUAUGCGUUCUGAAGUACUUAAACGUGAUUCAAAAGCCAUUGAAGAAUAUUUAAAACAACAAUAA